GCUGUUCUCGGUCACAUGACCGCUCCUAACUGGCUCAGUCGCCUGGUUGCCUUGGACACUGAGCUUAAAGUCAACAGGGAGGGGGGAGCUGAGAGGAUAAAGGCAGAGACGAACAAACAGAAGCCAUUUCUAGGCAAGCUUAGAAACAUGGAGCCUGAAACAGAGCAACAAAGGAAUGCUGGGGAGGAAAACGGGCAGAAAGGAACAACAAGACACUGGAGAGGGGAAGAAGUUAAAGCUCUGCUUUCAGUGUGGAGAGAGAGACAGGCGUGGGAAGAGGAAGAGAGCAGGGCCAAGUAUGAGGCCAUCUCAAGCCGACUGAGAGAGCUUGGGGUGUGUAAAGACUGGUUCGACUGUAAGGCCCAAUGUACAAAUAUGGCUCUUCCAGAUUGGAGGCCUACGCAGACGCUCUACAAGCAGUCUUCUGCAGACAACAGACCAACGACCCAAAAACCUUACGAGACAGAUGAGGACCCGACGACGGCCAAUAGGAGAGAGGAAUCUAUGAAUCUACAGGAAGGGCUGGAUGGGGGGAGACAUUGGUCUGACAGAGAGGUUCGAGCUCUCCUUACUGUCUGGGCUGACCGGGAAGUUCACAAGCAGCUCCAACAUUCCCACAGAAACAAGGCCAUCUUCCAGGAGAUGGCAGAACGCUUGGAGAAACAACAUGGUGUGGUGAGGGACUGGCGACAAUGCCGCACCAAAUACAAGAACCUUAAAUAUGACUACAAAGUCAGCAAGAGCCAAAACCGAACAAUGCGAUUCAGUGCUGAGCUCGAUGAUAUACUGCAGGCAAGAGAUAUGGGAAGUUUUGAUGAGGGAUCAACUAGGAAAACACCUAAUAAAGACCAGGGGACUACGAUGUACGAAGCGGAUGAAGUACAGGUUAUCAAGAUUGAUGAUGAUGAAAGUCUGGCAGAGAUGAACACCAUAAUGAAAGCUGCUUACCAUCCACUUACUGCAAGAGAGACAGUAACAGCAGCGGGAGCUAAACAAAUGAACGUAAUCACAGUGCACGACUCUGGCAGAAACUGGACCGAGGAAGAGGUGGCCGCGUUGCUUCGGAUCUGGGCUGAUGAAUCCAUCCAGCGACAGCUACAGGGCUCAACCAGAAAUAAAGACAUAUUCGUGCAGAUUUCACACAGGCUUCUUCAACAGGGCGUAGAAAGGGACUGGAAACAGUGCCGCACCAAAUACAAAAACCUGAAGUACCUCUACCGCUCUCUGCAAAGAGGAAAGUCUGAUAUUGGAGAUCCUCGCCGCAUCAUGAGGUUUUAUGACCAGCUGGAGGUACUUCUGUCCAAGCCUCCUAGAAGUCGCCUGAAUUAUGCUGAGUUUUCCAACAGUUUAUUGAGGAAUUCAACAAUGUUUAAAUCUCCGGAAUUUGAAGAGCAUUCCAUGGGUGGAGAUGCUCAGGAGGACAAUGACAUUGCUGCAGUCAGAUAUAACAAGAGUACGUCUGUAGAUCAGGCCACUUUGAGAUCUCCCAUUUCUGCAAUGGUUUUUCAGAAACAAGAUGGGACUGAAGGCAUUUUAUCAAGGUCAGAGGAUGUGACAAGUGUGCAAUUUCGAAUGCCUAAAACAAAUGCUGUGAUGGUAAGGUCAGACAGCCCUCAGAUAGAAUAUGAACAGCACCUUUCCUCGGACUCAGUCGCUGCUGUUAUAUAUGAAGACGGUCAACAUUAUAGAAGCAGCACAGACAAUGGCGACCCAUCGUGCACAAGAGGAGAGCAAGUGUUGGCCAACAGAGGAAAAAAAAGAAAGGCUGCAGAUGAAGGUGACCGUUUGGUUUGCAAACAAUUCCACCAAAGUACUGAUGAUGGGGAAAGCAGCACGGACUGGUCAGAGAACAUAGACUUCCAAUGUAAAGAAGAAGAGGAGGAUCAAUACAUUCCUAUCAUGGAGAUCACCUCUGUUUGCUCAAUGGCGUCUAAUGCAAUCCCGUCUGAUCAUUCGGAAUCCCGAACUUCAGCAAACAUGCAGAACACAGCAGAACUGAAAUUAGGACAAAAACUGAACGAGGGCAAGACCAAGCAGAUAUUUGAGCUGGUGGAUGAGGCCGGUCAUGUUCUGGUUCAAUCUAAAGAUCAGAUUACAGCCGGCAAUGCGGUUAGGAAGGAUCAGAUGGAGGGCAAAGCCGCUAUCGCCAAUAACACCACCUGCUGUGUGUUCAAACUACUGCAGGAUGCUGGAAUCAAGACCGCAUUUGUCAGGCAACACUCUGAGACUGCGUUCGUGGCGUCCCGCUGUGAGAUGAUACCCAUUGAGUGGGUCUGCAGACGGAUCGCCACAGGAUCCUUCCUUAAACGAAACCCUGGAGUAAAAGAGGGCUUCCGCUUUUCUCCUCUAAAGAUGGAGAUGUUCUUCAAGGAUGAUGCCAACAAUGAUCCUCAAUGGUCAGAGGAGCAGUUAUUGGCUGCUGGCUUUGAACUGGCAGGCCUGACCAUCGGCCGCUGUGAGGUGGACAUCAUGAGCAAAAGCACUUUGGCCAUUUUUGAAGUCCUAGAGAAAGCCUGGGCCACACAGGACUGCACUCUGGUGGAUAUGAAAAUAGAAUUUGGUGUGAAUGUGGCCACUAAAGAGAUUGUGCUGGCUGAUGUGAUUGACAACGACUCAUGGAGGCUGUGGCCGGCUGGGGAUCGCAACCAGCAGAAAGACAAACAGGUGUACCGUGACUUGAAAGAAGUUACUCCGGAGGCCAUGCAGAUGGUGAAGAGGAACUUUGAGUGGGUUGCUGAGCGAGUGAAGCUGCUCCUGGAGUCAAAGGCAACAGGGAGAGUUGUGGUUCUGAUGGGUUCUACUUCAGAUGUGGCUCACUGUGAAAAGAUCCGCAAGGCUUGUGGUUCAUAUGGAAUUCCCUGCCAUCUUCGAGUGACCUCGGCUCAUAAAGGCCCGGAUGAGACACUCCGUAUAAAAGCUGAAUAUGAGGGUGAUGGAGUGCCCACCAUAUUUGUUGCAGUUGCAGGAAGAAGUAAUGGUCUAGGUCCUGUGAUGGCAGGGAACACCGCUUACCCUGUUAUUAACUGUCCUCCUAUUACCUCUGACUGGGGUGCUCAGGAUAUCUGGUCAUCUCUACGCAUGCCUAGCGGUUUAGGCUGCUCCACGGUUCUUUCUCCUGAAGCCGCUGCCCAGUUUGCAGCUCAGAUUCUGGGUCUUAAUGAUCACACGAUUUGGGCCAAACUUCGGGCCUCAAUGCUAAACACCUGGAUCUCCCUAAAACAGGCUGACAAGAAACUACAAGCAUGCACCCUGUAAAGGACCAGCAUUUUCAUUCCCUUUAACCACUUUGUACAUUUUCUGUCUUUAAAGAAGCUCAUGUGAAACACAGACCUAGAACCUUUUUGCAAUAAUACCACUUUCAGGUGUAAUUUCGUUAAUAAACAUUCCCUUAUAUAA